GGCUACCUCUCCUCUUUUGCUUCCUUUUUAGGUCCCACCUCCACUGGAGCUCCCAAGACAACAUGCCUCCCAAGAAACCUGAACCUAAGAAGGAGGCUGCCAAGCCAGCCGCAGCUGCCGCUGCUGCUCCAGCCCCUGCCCCAGCUCCUGAGCCGGCCAAGGACUCUGCCUUUGACCCCAAGAGUGUGAAGAUAGACUUCAGUGCCGACCAGAUCGAAGAGUUCAAAGAGGCCUUUUCGUUGUUUGACCGGACUCCAACUGGAGAGAUGAAGAUCACCUAUGGGCAGUGUGGGGAUGUGCUGCGGGCCCUGGGCCAGAACCCCACCAACGCAGAGGUGCUGCGUCUUUUGGGCAAACCCAAGGCUGAAGAGAUGAGUUCCAAGACCCUGGAUUUCGAGACGUUCCUGCCCAUCCUGCAGCACAUCUCCCGCAACAAAGAGCAGGGCACCUAUGAGGACUUCGUGGAGGGGCUGCGGGUCUUUGACAAGGAAAGCAACGGCACGGUGAUGGGGGCGGAGCUCCGGCACGUCCUUGCUACUCUGGGGGAGAAGAUGAGCGAGGCAGAGGUGGAACAGCUGUUGUCUGGGCAGGAGGAUGCCAAUGGCUGCAUCAAUUAUGAAGCCUUUGUCAAGCACAUCAUGUCUGGAUAGAGCAGAUUUCUCAAGGUGCUUGGUCCUGGGUGAGCGAGCGAGAGACCGCGAUGGCUGUCACAGAGUCUUGGACUCACGCCAUACCACAGCUCCACAACCUCUCAGACCUACGGCCUUCCCUGUGAAUAAACAGCCU